CGAGGAUUUCCAAUUUCAUUUCUUCUUAUUUCUCAUAUAUAUUAAAUUAAAUUCAUAUAAAUUCAAGAAUUAAACGCCGCAGGAAAACGAGGCUCCUUCAUUCGGGAUUGCCUUCUCGAGGAUCGGCGGAGAGAUUUUGAAGAUAAAGCAUAACCAGGGAGGAAGUUUCGCGCGAACAAAGAAAAAGGGCAAUGGGGUGGAUCGGAGAAACCAUGGAUUCCAUCAAAUCCCUUCAGAUUCGUCAGGUUCUCUCCCAGGCCGUCAGUCUCGGCAUGAUUGUAACAUCUGCACUCAUAAUAUGGAAGGCAUUAAUGUGCAUUACUGGAAGCGAGUCGCCCGUUGUUGUUGUUCUCUCUGGGAGCAUGGAGCCAGGGUUUAAGAGGGGGGACAUCUUAUUCUUACACAUGAGUAAGGAUCCUAUCCGUGCAGGAGAGAUUGUUGUCUUUAAUGUCGAUGGUCGUGAAAUUCCAAUCGUUCAUCGUGUAAUUAAGGUUCAUGAGCGGCCAGAUACGGGAGAAGUUGACGUUCUUACCAAAGGGGAUAAUAACUAUGGGGAUGAUAGGCUUUUAUAUGCUCAAGGCCAGCUUUGGCUUCAGCGGCAUCAUAUCAUGGGAAGAGCAGUCGGGUUUUUACCUUAUGUUGGUUGGGUGACUAUUAUUAUGACCGAGAAACCGAUAAUUAAGUAUAUUCUGAUUGGAGCUUUGGGGCUUCUUGUCAUAACUUCAAAGGACUAAGACCAAAGCAAAGUAGCGAAGUAGCGACGUAGCGAAGUUUAAGUAUACAGACAGAUUUCCACAAGUAUUUUCCUUUCUAUAUUGAACGCCUAAGUUUUCUGAUGUUAGCCAUUUAACCUCAUUUAGUCUUGGUUUUGUUUACUGUUCUUCUGCAUAUCAAUGUUUGUGCAUUUCUCAGGGAAAACUAGAACUACAUUUGUAUCACAAACUUGGUUCGCCUUGUAUGCUCGCUAUCGAUUUGAUGAGCUUAUGUCUUGCAAC